AUGAACAUGCUGAUUGCUGGGGUGGAAGGUCCUACAGUUGUGUUUCUGAUGGUGGCUUUUUCCUUCUGUUACAUCAGGGACACGUACAGUUCUCUGUCUUACCACAGUUCUAGCCAGCUUGAGGCCAAGCAGCUACUCUCGAGUUUGGACCUCAGCGAAGCAGAAGAGAAGACUGAAAUAACGGGCCGUAUGGUACAUGACCGAGAUGAACGGGAUCUCCGCAGCAGAGGUUUUGGAAGCCCAUGUUCUGCUGCUGCAGACGAGACUGUUGUUAGGUAUUUGAAUGACCGACCGGCGAUUGAUGCCUUGCAGAAUACCGAGGCAUUUCUUAAGGUUGCAACACCCCUGAGACUGGAAGAGGAAAAAAGUAGUGGCUCCAGAGGAGAUGAGAGUAGCACUAAAACUCCUCAGAGUAACACAUCCCAUGAGAGUGAACUGAAAGUGUCUUCCCCUUCUGCCACGAGUAGCUGUAGUGCUCACAGGCUGGAAAUCUUGAAACGGCGGCAGCACGAUGCGAAGCUGGAGAAGCUGAAGGAGCGGAUUCGAAAGCAGUGGGAGCAUUCUGAAGAGCUCGGUGGCAGAGGGCAGCACUCGGGGUAUGCUGAGCAACCUGUCGUGAUCACGAACGUGGAGAGCGCGGUGACUCCCAAAGUCAGGAAAGUGGCAGCUGCGCCUGCGGCUCCAUCAUACAGAGGUUUCAAUCCUGCCGAAACAAAGAUUCGCACUCCAGAUGGAAAGAUCUGGCACGAGGAAGAAUUCCGCAUUAGUCGGGAGCUGUAUAGGGAUAUAGCACUCCAGUUAACAGGGGAUUCAACAGUGAAAGAAAAACCUAUUGAGAGAAACAAAGAGAAAAAAGCAACCAGACCAGUACGGAAAGUGCAAAAGCUGACACGGUUGUCAAGUCCAGAGUCCAAACAAGGUGGAAGCUAUGUAAUAAGUGCAUCCUCCUGGCGGGAGGGACAAAAGUUGGUAAAAAAGAUACUGGGUCCAGGUCCCAGAAUAGAACAGGACAGAAGAGCUGUAUCUAGUGACAGAACAGGACGAGAGCGAGCUGCCAAGCCUGGCUGUAUUGGAAGGACAGGUUCAGAUUCCAGACUGGAUGUUACCUGCAAAACCUCUUCUAGAAGUUCUGAAAGGUCGAGGAGUAAAGUUCGGUCUGAGAAUAACCUGAAGAAACUGGAAGUUGCUCUUCCUGAUGAUAACCAGGAAGAUCAUGCCUCUGUAAAUAAGGACUUCCUGCCUGUGGAGAUACGCGGAAUUCUCGAUGACUUGCAGUUGGAUUCCAUGAGUACAAAGCAAGAGAAAGAGGUGGAAAAGCAGAAUCAGAAAUCUGUUUUGCCUACUCAAAAUGCCAGGAGCCACAGUCCAACCAAAAGGAAACCGGACAAGAUAGCUGCCAGCGAGGAGCCGCAGGUGAUCUCCAAGAAACGUCACUACGAUACCGAUGAGGUUCGGCAGUACAUCAUCAGGCAGCAAGCGGAGAGGAAGAAGAAGCAGAAUGAAGAGAAGAAAGCGCAAAAGGAGGCAACAGAACAGAAGAACAAAAGGCUCCAAGAGCUCUACAGAAAGCAGAAGGAGGCUUUUACUAAGGUCAAGAACAUGCCUCCUCCAGAGCCUUCGGCAGCCAGACGGUUACAGGAGACCUAUUCGAAACUCCUGCUGGAACGUACGUUUUUGCAGGAGCCACCUCAGCUGCCUACGGUGCAGGAAGCGCAGCCCAGACCUGGUUAUCAGCCAUCUGGGGAAUCCGACAAAGAAAACAAGGCUCAGGAGCGUCCUCCUAGUGCAUCUUCAAGUAGUGACAUGUCGCUUUCGGAACCACAGCAGCCGCUACUGAGGAGUGAUUUGAUGGAGCCUCCGUGGGUACAGCCGGACAGGUUGAGCCCCAGAGUCCACCCCUCUCACCUGCAGGCUGUCAUGGGCUCAGGUGCAGGCCCUUGCUCCCAACACUGGAGUCUGGAGCAGAUGGACCUUCUGUCCAAGGAGUGUGACGCAAUGUUGGCAGGCAGGAGGAGCCACGCUGCGCCCGUGGGAUCGUUGGCCUUCAUGCCUCAGCCAUACCUGAACCCACCCGCUGCACAGCAAAAUCUCUUAGUAAAACCUACUACUAACCAAUAUAAGAGCAAAUUAGAUCGGAUUGAAGCUUUGAAAGCUACCGCUGCUUCCCUUUCUAGCAGGAUCGAAAGUGAAGCCAAAAGGUUGGCUGGGGCUGGUAUCAAUUACGGAACCGUGUGGAACUCGGACCAUGAAUUUAUGCAAGAAAACCAGGAUGAAGGGCGGUGGGCAAAGGCUGUGAGUCCUCCUGUGCGAGAGGAAAACGAAGAUGCUUUUUCAUCCAGAAUUCAAAAAAUGCUGGGUACCUGCGUGUCUCAUACAGCCUUCGAUGACGGCCUUCCUGGGGUAGGCAACCUUAGUGAAUUUAAAAAGCUCCCCGAGACGAUCAGGCCUCACACUGCUGCAGUCAGCCUUGGAAUGAGGUCCCCCACUGCUAACAGGCAUGAGGGAAUACUAGGACAUUUAUCUAGGAGACAGACUGACUCCCCGGGGCGUGAAAACCAGGCCUAUGCUCCGAACAAAGCUGCGAUUCCUCACGAGUCCAGCAUCGACUCCAUCAGCGAAGGGCCUCUCCUGAGCGAGGGAAGCCUCUCUGAAGAGGAAGGAGGCCAGCACAAGCAGUUGCCGCUGAAGAUGCUGGAGACCUUGAAAGAGAAGGAUUUCUGCGUUCGGGAGAGAAAUGCUUUUGAGCCCAUAAAGGAGUUUCAGAAGGAAGCUGAGAAGUACUUGCCGCUUUUCACUCAGGCAAGCGGCGCACACAGCAAGGGGCCGUGGGAGGAACUGGCCAAGGGAAGUCCCCACAGCGUCAUCAACAUCUUUGCAAAAAGUUACCGGCUUCAUGGAAAAGUGUUUGAUGAAAGGUUGAACGGAGGCUCUGCCCUUCUGCGUCCUUUACUCCCUGCCAUGAGCCCUCCGGAGAGCGUGGUUUCUUACGAAGAUGAUUUCGCCUCGUCGCAGGGAAGUGGCACGUUAACGGAAAAAAAAAUUGCACAUGACCUCAGCGUUUCUGGCAGUAGUAAUUCCAGCAUCCAGGAAGAACUUCCUAGUAGGAAGUCUCCCCAUGAACCUCGAUCUGCAGAGCUUGCUUCUCAGUAUUCAUCUGGACCACGGUCUGCAGCGUCUUCUCGCUCAUCUGCUUCCUCUAAAAAGAGAGGGAAAAAGGAACGGUUGGACUCUUUCAGUGGAAGUUCUCACCACUUUCCUGUGGAAGACGAUAAAAUGCUCUCUGAGUUAGAGUGGGGAUCCCAGCACACCAAGAAGUCCUUAUCGAGCAGCAGAAUUUCUAGUAAAGAUCACGAGCAGAACCCAGAUACAGACAGCACGUUAGAAAACUUGUCUGGUCACUCUCUAAUGAGUUUCUCAGACAAGGGAAGAUCCCAGAAGACACCGACUUCUUCCCCAUCUUCCGGUUCCCAAAAAAUGUUGCAGUUUGAUUCUGGAGGCAAUACAGCAGAAAGAGUCAAGUCACCUGCUGGCUUUUCUGGGAAUACAGCACCAGGGCUGAAGCCUAACGUAGUCUUCCCCGACCUGAGCCUGGGAACUAGCCGGGUGGCCGCAGGAGCAGCCACAGCGGGCGGCUGUAUGCGCUUCUCCCCCGCGGGUCUUCAGCAUCGUUUAUCAGCAGAAUUGAACUACCUCAGUGCUAUUGAGGAGUCUGUGCGACAGCUUUCAGAUGUAGAACGAGUACGAGGCAUAUCACUUGCGCAGCAGGAGAGCGUUUCUUUGGCUCAGAUUCUAAAGGCACAGCAGCAGCGCCAUGAACGGGACUUAGCCCUUUUGAAGAUCAAGGCUGAUCAGGAAGCUUUGGAAAAUCAGAGACAACUGGACGAGGCAAGGCAGAAGGCAGCUCAGGUGCACGCAGAGUCACUGCAGCAUCUGGUGCAGUCCCGGCAGGAGGCCGCGCAAGAGACCCCGUGCAAGGCUGCAGCCAAGCAGGUAGAAACUGCACUUCUUACUGCAGAUCCAGCUCACCAGGUCCGUGAGAUGACAGAGUUAGCACGGACCCAGAUCUCGGAUCCUGUCAGCACUCCAGCUGCUCCAGUCUCCACCUUGUUCGACCACCAGCGGCAGCAUCAUUCGGAGUUCAUGAAGCAGCUGAGGGCCCGGUCUGAUACAAACAGGAAAUGUGAGUCUGCUGCCAUGUCACAAGGUAAAGAGGAGACAGGUGACUCAAAGCAGACAUACUCACCGAUGUUUGAUAGUUACUCAGAGUCCUCAAGAUCAAAGGUUCAUGAUCAGAGCAGUACCAGCAGCCGCCAGGAGAGUCCUUCAGUCCCGUCUUCUAAGGAGAACGAGAAGAAACUUUCCCGUCGCGAAAAGCUGAGUAGCAGUAUUGAAGAACAGGCUCAUACUGGUGUGGAUGACUCCUUGCCCAGCGAUAGCCUUUUAUCACUGCCGGAUGAAAAAGAUUCCGCUUCUGUUGCAACAGAGUAUUCCCUGAAAUUUGAUGAGUCCAUGACGGAGGAUGAGAUUGAAGAAAAGUCUUUCCGGUCUUUGCUGCCCUCUGAAAGUCAUCGCAGAAAUAACUUGGAGAAGAAACGGGGUAACCGGGAUGAUUCUGAUGAGGAGGUGUCCCCAGAAAAAACAGCUCUGUCAUCUAUCAAGGAGCUAAGCAUGCCGUUCUCAGGGGGGCAGGAUAGUUUCUCUAAAUUUACCAUGGAGAUGGUAAGGCAGUACAUGAAAGAGGAGGAGAUGCGAGCGGCUCAUCAGUCCUCACUGCUUCGGCUCCGGGAGAAGGCGCUGAAAGAGAAGACCAAGGCUGAAUUAGCGUGGCUGGAACACCAGAAGAAGCAUUUACGAGACAAGGGCGAGGAUGAUAAGAUGCCUCCGAUUCGGAAGAGGCAGCGUGGUCUGCUGCUGAGAUUACAGCAGGAAAAGGCAGAAAUUAAGCGCCUUCAAGAGGCUAACAAGGCUGCUCGGAAGGAGAGACAACUGAUCCUUAAGCAGCAAGCGGAAAUAGAGCGAAUCCGUCAGACUACAAUGAAACUGCAGGAGAAACUAAAGUCUGCAGGAGAAAGCAAGCUGGAACUUCACAGUGAGGAUGACAUCAAGCAGAGCAAUGGUUCCAGCCCGCUUCCGACUGAUGCAGAAACACGCAGCCCUUCCCCAAUCUCAAUCUCCAGCAGUGAGACUAGUAGCAUUAUGCAGAAACUCAAAAAAAUGCGCAGCAGAAUGGAUGAAAAGUAA